UUUCUCUCUUCUUCAUAUUUUGGUCAUCUCCUUCAUCUUAGCCCAAGCUUUCAUGGCUGCACAACGAGAACACCCCCACCUCGGGCCCGUAAAACGUUUUGUAUUGGUGAUGAGACCUGGAGAACAUCCUGCUGAUCAUGUGUGGAAAACUGAAGCGUUGAGAGAUGCCAAACUUAAGUGCAUUACUUUCCCCAAAUCCGCCAACGAUGAUGGCGAACGUCACCCUAGAGUCGUACAACUGUUGAGGGCAUCGGGCUUUCACGGAACUGAACGAUUAGGAAAAAUCAGUAUUGAUUGGGGUCUUAUCACCGCAUUGGUUGAGAGGUGGAGACCAGAAACACAUGGUUUCCAUUUACUUUUUGGCGAAGUAGGCAUUACCUUGCAAGAUGUAUAGGUGCUGAUCGGGUUACCGAUUGACUGUCUCCCACUUACUGGUCCGACGACACAUAGUAAGACUGAAUGGAUGCAGAUGUGUAAGGAUUAUGUUGGUUUCAUGCCACUUGAUGAUGAUAUAUCAUCCAACAAUAUUAGAAUGCUAGCCAUUCAGUGCUUUUCGUUAUCGCCGUGGAGCACAGAAAUUGACAUUAUUCGUCAUAUAAAAGCGUUGAGUUGACAGUUGCUCGGUGGGUUGUUGCUCCCUAGCACUAGCGGUAGAGUGUCGUUCUACUUUCUUGAGUUGUUGCAGAACAACUUGGAGAAUAUGACUAGGUGGAGUAGGGGCUCAGUUGUGUUGGCAUAUUUGUACCACAACUUAUGUCAAGCGGCAAAGGCGGACAAAGUUUCGGUGGGAGGAUGUUUAGUCCUUCUACAACUCUGGGCAUGGGAGAGGUUGCCGAUGGUUCGAUCCCAAGGGGUGCUUCCAUUGGAUAGAAUAUUCGAUUUGCCUUAUGGUGCUAGGUUUUAUGAUUUGUCUUAUAAGCCGUUAAAUAUAGGUGGGCUUGUCGGCAUAACUGGCCAGACACUAUUAGAUUCAUUUUACGCAUUUAUAGGGACCAAUUUGACUGAUUAAGGGAGUGUGAGUUUGAAUGGACCCCUUGCCCGCUUAUGAGUCUUCCACCAUUUUGCACUAAUGCAUAUGAACUGUGGGCAGCUGAAGUUUCACUUAUUUAUUGUUCACAUUUUGAGGCAUACUAUCCUGCCAGAUUUUGUUGUCAAUUCGGUGCAAUCCAAGAUAUACCAAAUUCGGUGAUUCAUAACGACCGUCACCAUGCUACCCGACCACAGAAUAGUGCUGACUUAAUUACAUAAUGGGAGGACCGAUGGCAAAAAUUAUACGUGUUUGACUCGACAAGAGGGGACUUCACUAAGGAAUAUCGUAAAUGGUUCCAUUACGUGGGUAAGAUACGAAUUAACAACCCCUCACAAGACUGUCCUAGAACCGGAUUUGUUCCAGCUCAUCCAGAAUCAGCUAUCACGAACGACGUAGUGCUGGUAUGUUGUGGAAUCAAAGUGAAUAUCAAUUUUCGGAAAAAAUCCAAAAGCAGAUUAUGGAUCGAUGGCAACAAAGGCGUCACACUGUUGUAAUCCCGGACAAUCAUCAUAGUGGAGUUUUCUCAGUAGCCAUAGAAAAUGCAACUCCGGUCACAAUACAAUUUUCAAGGUACGACUGUGAUUGCGGGUGCUGGAGAAUGAACUGGAUGUCAUGCACCCACGUGCAUGUUGUGUGUCACUUCCUCAACCGCCAUAUCGAUCAACUUAUUCCGAAGAUUCGCCAAAUCUACUUCCUAUAUGGAAUGGAGACCAAGCUUGGAGAUGCUACGUUGAAAACUGGUUGGAUAUAAAGCUUUGGUGAAUGAAUCUGCAAUUUGGUUUUCUGAAGGAACAAAGAAGAGUUUGAUGAGUCCUUCAUCAACUUUAAUCCUUAUGAAGUGAUAAUCUAUUUCAACAUGUUUGGUUCUUUCAUGAAAGGAGGGUUUUUUAGCAAGUUGUAUAGCGGAUUGACUAUCACUAUAAACACAAAAUGGAAGUGAAGUCUUGACGUUCAUGUCUUUUAGCAGAAACUGUAGUCAUUGUAACUCACAUCUUAAUGAUGCUAAAGAUCUGUACCCUGCCUCAGAAGAAGAUCUAGAAACAGUACUUUUUUUCUUAGAUUUCCAUGAAAUAAGCGAGUUCCCAAUGAAGAUGCAAAAUCCUGUAAUAGACUUUCUUGUGGUAGGACAAGUGGCCCAAUCUGAAUCAGAGAAGGCUUGGAUGUUCAGGGUAUUUG